CAUACGACCCACCACUACUAUAGUCGCCACUCAUCAAAACUCUAUAUGGUCUGUACUCACUAAUCAGUAGUCACUGCCAUCGACAACAACACGAAUAUACACCGCGAACGUAGAACGCAUCAUAAUAAUAUUAUAUACUUAUAUACUACUAUUGCACUGCUACUAUUAAUAAUAAAUUAUUUUAUCGAUCAUCGUCCGUGUAAUCAUUGCUGCGGCUUGCGACGUUAUUUAGUAUUUACAUUUUACACACAACAGUCGUUUCGAAAACGUGUGCGCUCGCGUUCUGUUUGUGUGUGCGAAAGAGUGCGAUGACGAUCUGUUCACGGAUUUCCCGUUGAUCACGCCUUGAAGGAUAGUUACCGACCAUCCAGAUUAAUUGUUAACUGUUUACAUAAUCAAAAUGGAAAUCGAACAGUUAGUUUACGAAACACUCCUGCAGGCGAGUAGUCAACAUCCUGAUAUGUUAAAACCUGCUGAACAAAAACUUAAAGAAUGGGAAGUGGAACCAGGAUUUUAUUCAGUGUUAUUUAGAAUAUUUUCAAAUCAAUCAUUGGAUUUAAAUGUCCGUUGGAUGUCAAUUCUAUGUUUUAAACAAGGUGUAGAAAAAUAUUGGAGGAAAAACAUUCAACAUGGCAUUUCCGAAGAAGAAAAAAUUACUCUGAGAAAAAUGUUAUUAACAAAUUUAUCAGAACCUGUUCCUCGACUUGCAACCCAAGUUAGUGUGAUUAUUGGUAGAGUUGCAAGGUUAGAUUGGCCAUAUGAUUGGGGAGAUUUGAUGCCAGAACUUAUAGAACGUAUUAAAUACGAUCCACAAAACCGUGCACUAUUAUCUAUGCAUCAUGUGGUUAAAUCACUAGCAGGCAAACGAUUAUAUGAUAGUAUAAAACUCUUCCAAGAUGCUUCCAGCCAACUAUUCCCAAAUUUUUAUAGUCAUUGGGAACAAAGAACAGAUGCUUUUAUUAAAGAGAUUGAGCAUGGAAAUGUAUCACCACCAGUAGCUAAACUCUUGGAAGAUGCAUUUUAUACUCAAAAAAUACUGUCCAAUUUUGUAUUGUAUGGUUUUAAAUCUCCUUAUCCUAGUGAAGUCAAACGAUUUAUUUUAGCUAUUUUCAAUAAAGUUCGUCCUAUUAUUGCUUGUCGUGCUUUCUAUCCUGAUUUAGUUGAAAAAUUUGUAUGCCGUAUGUUUAAAAUGCUAAUGGCAAUAUUAGAAGAUCAUCCAGCGGAGUAUCUGGAUUUCAUUCAACCAACUGUUGAACUGGCUUAUUUUUAUGGUUUUACUGCUGAUGGAAACGCUGUUGUCUUUGAGAGAUUCUUAAUACAGCUUUUUAACUUAACAAAAUUAAUAUUAAUUUGUCCUCAGUAUAAAUUACCACGUACUAAUGGCCCUAUUUGUCAAAUGGAUGAUAAUGCUAAACGUGUAUCAGCUUCAGCAGUUCAACAUAAAGCUUCUGUAUUCAAAUCUGACAGAUUAAUGGUAAUGUGUCAACAAUUAAUAUAUAAGUAUUUUCUUCUAACACCAGCUGAAUUAGAAAUAUGGGAUAGUGAUCCUGAAAUGUUUGCUACUGAUGAAGUAGGAGAAUAUUGGAAGUAUAAUUUAAAAGCGUGUACAGAAUCAUUAUUUAUGUCGUUAUUCCAUGAGUUCAGAGAACUGUUGACACCUAGACUGGCGGCAACCAUUGAGUCAAAUAGGGAGUUUGUUGACCCUAAUAAUUUAGAAGCAGUAUUAAAAAAAGAUGCCAUUUAUAAUGCAUUUGGACUUACUGCAUUUGAGAUGUUUGAUAUUAUCAAUUUCGAUGAUUGGUUUAAUACCACAUUACGCCAAGAGUUAAUGGAAUCUCAUGGUCAUUCACGUGUAUUGAAGAGACGUGUGGCAUGGUUGAUUGGUCAAUGGCUUACAGUUAGAUUGAACCCAGAAUACAGACCUGAACUAUACAAUAUUCUUAUUGGACUUUUAAAUCCUGAACAAGAUAUGGCCGUUCGUUUAGCUGCAACGUCCACUUUGCGUUGUGCAAUUGAUGACUUUGAUUUUAGUUCUGAGCAUUUUAUUGAAUACUUGGAACCAAUGGCAUUCUCGUUGUAUAAACUUUUAGUUAGUGUCCGAGAGUGUGACACAAAGUUAAAUGUGCUACAUGUCAUGUCGUUUAUGGUGGAGCGAUUAGGUCCUAUGGUAGAACCUUAUUUUGAUUCUUUACUUCAGUACUUGCCAAAAUUAUGGACUGAUUCAGAUGACCAUCAUAUGCUACGCUGUGCAAUUAUUUCCACAUUGACACAAAUUGUACGAGCCAUUCGAACAAAAAGUGCUGAACUGACACCAUUCCUAGUUCCUAUUAUAAGAUAUAGUGUAGACAUUAAAGAAAAAGCAUACAUUUAUUUACAAGAAGAUGGUCUUGAACUGUUAUUAUCUUACAUUGAAUCGUGUACAACAUAUAAUGAUGACAUGCUAAGUUUAAUCAAUUAUCUUCUUCCAUUACUAGAUUACUCUACGGAACAUCUAAAAACUGGCCUAAUGAUACUUGAAGCAUAUGUUCUAAUUGCUCCAGAUAAGGUCAUAUCGGAAUAUGGUACUCAAUUAUUUAACUUAACUACAUCUUUAAUGAAUGAUUUAAAAGAUGAAGGAAUUGUUUGUAUAUUAUCAUUGUAUGAAACAAUUAUAAAAGUAAAUUUACCACAAACUAUUGAGUUAAUGAUGGUUGUUUUAGGACAAAACUUAAAGUGUUUAUGUUCCGGUGAAAUAGGUUUGGCCGUAAACAGUUGCCGGUUAUCUAUAAUUUCUAGAGUUAUAUUAAAUGAUUCAAGUAUUUUUAUUAAAGUUGUAGAACAUUUAUGUAUGACCGAAAAUGGAAAUUUAAUGAAUUUUGAUAAUGUACUUAAUAGAAUAAUUGAAGUUUGGUUAGAACGAAUGAAUCAAAUUGUACAAAACGAUAAAAGAAAAUUAUUAGGUCUCGCUUUAGCAUCACUUUUAACUUGUCAAAAAAAACCAAUUUUAGAAUUAUUUAAAGAAAUCAUAACUGUGUGUGUAGAAACUUUAAAUGACAUAAUGAGGAAGACUGACGAUGGAAUUUAUGCAGAUUCCAUGCUAAUGACUGACGAUUGCUCCAAUGUAAGCUCACGAGCAAAUUCCGAGUGCGAAUAUCAGUAUGAAACAGAACACAAUGAACGUCAAAGAUGCCUGUCGCUCAAAGAUCCUGUUCACUGCAUACCAUUCCAUAAAUAUCUACAAUCUCAAUUGUUGGCUUUGCAAAAUCAAAUUGGAGAACAGCAAUUCCAAGGUGUUCUGAUAUCUAAGGUAGACAGUGAUAUACUUGAACAACUCUACUUGUACAUGUAAUGUGUAGAAGAUAAAUGCUCCAUUCUGCUUAAAAAUUGCCUUUUUUAUAUAAUAAUUAUGUUAUAUAAUACAAUCUCUAACAUAACUGUGGGGUGGAAAGUGUAGUUUCAUGUAACAUAACCCAGUUUUGAAAUAUUUGAAAGAUACGUUAUUGUUGAAUUCUGUUUUUCCACGAAUAUUAUAUUUUUUAAAGAUUUUUUACUCACAGCUAAUGUGUUGGAUCAGUGGUAUAUCAUGUUACAUAGUUACUAUAUAAAUAUUUCAGUAUCUGAUUACUUGAUUAAGCAUAUCACAUACGCCACUACAAUUUUACAUUUUUAGUAGUUUGCCAUUGACCCAAUGAGAAUAAUAUACAAUACUAGUCAUUAAUGAAUAGUAUGAAAGUUGAUUAAUUAUAAUUAUUAUACUAUUGAUGGUUACAACAACUGUACACUUUUAAAGUCUGCUACUGUUUGCACAUAUCUUUUUGUUUUGCAAUAUUUGUUCACUGAAAUGGUUUCAUCGAUAACGUGUAGUUGAACCAGUACAAAUAUCACCUUAGUAAAUAUUACAUUUGCUUAGUUUCUAAUAUUAUUAUUACUGUUAUUAUAUCGGUUACC